AUGCCGAGCAAUGGAGAAGCUGAUGUUCCUCAAGUGACCUUCAAGAAGCGCUCUGCCAAGGCGAAAAUCAGCUCGCGCAAGAAACCCGCGACGCCACCACCAGCCUCCGAAUCAGAUUCCGGCUUCACAUCGUCCGACGACGAGGAAGGUAGACGAAUCAAAAGGCGUCGGAAAAAUGCGGUGGUGACUGCAUCAUCUACCGCGAACAAACUUCAUUCCAAAGCUGGCGACGAGGCUGUAUACGCAGCUGCAGCACCGCUGGUCGCCUCGAACGAUGCCACGAAGCAAUCGAAUUGGUACGACGAAGGAAACGAGAAUGGCCUCAACGAGAAGGAAUUACUCGGGAAACCAAGGACUCAGCCAGUGGCUCCAUCAUCGGAUGGCACGUACAAGGGCACGACGAAUUACCAGUCCUUUGUUCGCAAGAAUCCCGAUGCCCCUACAAAGCAAUUCGGUCCGAUGAAAGCAGCGACCAAUAUUCGUACCGUCACUUUCACAGACAUGGCUCCCGAUGUAUGUAAGGAUUACAAGCAGACAGGAUUCUGUGGAUUUGGAGAUUCGUGUAAAUUCGCUCAUAUCCGGGAGGCAUAUGCUCAUGGGUGGCAACUUGAUCGAGACUGGGAAAUCAAAACGAAGGGCAAAAAGCUUGCCGGGCGCACUGUCGCAUCUCAGGAGAACAGGGGCAAAGGAGUAGAAGAGGAUGAAGACGAGGAUAACAAGCUAUUAGAGAGCAUUCCCUUCGCGUGUAUCAUCUGCAAGAGCGAUUAUAAAAGUCCCAUUGUUACAAAAUGCGGCCAUUACUUCUGCGAGCCGUGUGCUCUACAACGGUAUCGGAAAAAUCCGUCAUGCGCGGCGUGCGGCGCAGGUACUGGCGGUGUUUUCAAUGUGGCUAAGAAGCUGAAUUAUCUGUUGGAAAAGAAACGUGAGAGAGUCAAGAAACGCCGGGAGCAAGCCAUCGCCAACGGUGAGGAUGUGAAUAGCGACGAAGACGCAGCUGCUGAAGUCGACAACUAG